CACGUGGGGAUUCCGUUGGACUGCUGCUUUCUUCUGGACUUUCUGUCUGGUCGUUAUCACACGCAGUUCAUGAGCAAAUGUGUUCGUACCACAGAACUGUUGGAUCGCACACGUUUCGUGAUUGAGACCCAAUGAGUCCUCUUGGGGACAAUGGCCUGAUCUGAUCCCCACUCCAGCACAGUAGGUGGCACCUUACUUACACAAUAGCUGCCAUGAAUCCCACCGAAGAAGAAUACGAUAUACAUAGUUGGAUUUCUUACUGCUGUACUGGUGGGCUUAGAUAGGAGGCAAUGUCGUUUUUGCCGUGUUCUGAGGUUUACCUGUUCACGCCUCCGCUUUGUGUUGGUAACCAGCAACAAGGGUAACACAACAAGGACCGUAAAUUUGGACCUAGCUAGCUCCGUAAUGUUGAUGGAUAGUCAUACCCUCAAAUGGAAGAACAGCUGGUCUGGAAACAUUAAAGAUUAGAAAACAUACCAAGAUUACAAUAUAGUCGUGAUACCAGUUGACAUGCACACGCCAUGCCAUGUAUUCGACCCGAGUUUCAAAUUAAUAUCAUGCAAUUAUCAAUUUAAUUGACUUUAUAUGGAACUAUCUAGGUGGCAGCUAACGCUAGCCAGCUAGCUAAUUCGUCAACAAGAUCGUGCAGGCCGCGGAAACUCCUCGAGCUGGAGUACAAAUUAACGGUUCAGUAUAUCGCGGAUACAGGCUCUGGGGUCCACUGAAGCUUUGUAAAACGGUCUGGAUUGUUCAUGUCUGGAAAGCGGGAUUGAUAUGCCACUGCUUGGUUAAAGACGUGGGCUAUGAAGACACGGAAAAUAAAAGGUUCCAAGCUCGUGAGACGGAGACAGAGUGUGUGACUCCUUCACAUCUCUCUCUCCCUCCUUCUCUGGCAGAGGAAAGAGAUGGCGUCCUUCCUACCUGCCCUACUGAUGCCACUGUUGUUAGCCUGGGUGCCUCAGAGCUGGGCAGGGGACUGUAAAGGCCACAGGCAGGUCCUGAGGGGGCCCCCUGGACAUGUCACCGACGGAAUGGGCAACUACUCUGUGAAUGGGAAUUGCGAGUGGCUUAUCAAGGCCCCAAGCAGUAGUUACAGUAUUGUCCUGAACUUCACCUUCAUGGAGACAGAGUGCACAUAUGAUUACCUGUUUGUGUAUGAUGGAGACUCCUACGACAGCCCCUUGCUGGCCAGUCUGACUGGUACCACACUGCCACAGCCCAUAGAGGCCAAGUCUGGCAAGAUGCUGCUGCACCUCUUCAGCGAUGCCAACUACAACCUUCUGGGCUUCAAUGCCACCUACUCCUUCUCGGUGUGCCCCGGGGCCUGUGGGGGUCACGGCCGGUGCGACCAUGCCUUGGCCCGCUGCCUGUGUCACCCAGGCUGGGGCGGCCCUGGCUGCGCCACCCCCCUGUGCUCCCAGGCUUGCGUCCUGCAUGGGGUCUGUGACACGACUGGGGAACGUUGUCUCUGCACCUCUGGCUUUGUGGGGCAGAGCUGCCAGCUGGGUCUCCGUGACGACAGUGGGGCGGGGCAGUGGUGGGAGGUGAGUGGGGGCGAUGACCAGAUGGCCCCUCGUACCGCUGCCGCGGGAGUGUACGUGCCGUCCACUGGCGCCAUGUACAUCUUUGGAGGAUUUGAUCUGAAUAAAGCUCUCGGGGACCUGGUGAAAUACAACUUCACAAACAACAAGUGGGAGAGAAGGUCGCAUGCAUACUGUCCAGCGGCUCGUCACUCUCACACAGCUGUGGAAUGGCAGGGGAACAUGGUCAUCUUUGGGGGAGAGCUCACCAACGGUUCCCUGGCCAGCGACGUCUGGAUGUAUCGCCCCCUGGAGGACGACUGGCAGCAGCUCGGCCAGUGGGACUCGCCGGGAGCUCCAAAACUGGCCAAUCACGCAGCGGCCGUUGUGGAUAACUACCUAUAUGUCUUUGGGGGACGGACAGAAGAGGACAUGUUCUCCUCGUCGCUGAGUCGCUUCAACUUGAGCGGUCGCGUGUGGGAGACGGUCCGGCCCUCGGGGGGGAAGCCGCCCGCUACGGCGGGACACUCCAUGGUCUUUCACGCCCCGUCCCGAAUGCUGCUGGUCUACGGGGGGCACCGCCCCACCACCGCCAGGUUCAAGCGUGCGCGUGAACGCCACCGACGCGUUCCACGUGGACCGCCGCUUCUGGACCUCCUUCCGGUCCCGGUUCCCGACCAGCGGGCCCAGAGAACGGGCCUUCCACUCGGCCACCAUCAUCGGGAACUACAUGGUGGUGUACGGUGGGAAUGUUCACAUCCACUACCAGGAGGAGAAGUGUUACGAUGAGGAGAUCUUCUUCUAUCACCUGGGCUGUCACCAGUGGGUCUCUGCAGGGGAGAGUCUUUUACACAGAGGCGAAACCGUGAGAGGACGCUAUUCCCACGUUGCCGCUGCGAUGGAGGGGCGCGUGCUGCUUGUUGCCGGGGGUUACAGUGGCGUUGCCCGUGGAGACCUGGUUGCUUACAAGGUUCCGCUGUUUGUCAGCAGCGAC